AUGUUUGAUUGGCACACCAAAUGGGCAUUUCGUCUGAACGAGCCUACUGGGAAGAUCCACGAAGUGGAUGAGUCCAUCAAGGGUGCAAUCACAGACAGUACAGAAUGCAUUGCCAUGCUCUACUGGGUUGGUGCACCUGGUUGGUAUGUUUGUCCGCCAGCGAACCUGUCAACCAAUAUGAUUAUCCGCAUGAUUGUUCCACCUGGUUGGGAGAAGAUGCCGGUCAUCCGGGGGCGAUUGCCGAAUGACAUGGAUCCACGCGAGUUCACAUACAAAGAAUAUCCUGGGACACCCUACCCCGCCAUCAUCACAGCAUGUCCUCGAAGUGGAGAGUACGUUUCUGCAUGCCAAAAUUGGCGCAAGGGACAUUUUGGUAUCAUUGAUCCCCAGCCCGUUGUCAUGCAAGCUAUCAGUGGUGUGGCUGUAGUGGAGUCUUUUACCAGAUCGCAAGAACCCAAUGUGACACUCACCAAUGGCUCAUCUGGCGUCAAUGCGAACACUACUGCCCAAACAUCUGGCGUCAAUCCGAACAAUAAUGCUCAAACUUCUGUCAAUCAUACAAAAUUUCACGAGCCUGAACAUUCCUUUGUCCCCCCGCAAUCCCCCACAUGGAAGAAUGCCUUAGCGGCUGUGGAUACAAACCCACGCUGCAUCUCUUCUAGCCUUUCUGUGCGUAAUUUGCAUGGCUAUCAAUUUCCGGACCCCUUCCUUUUCAUCAGUGGUAACCAUAACAGAUUGAUGAUCUUGGCCUGGUUAAUGAUGCGGGAUCAGUGGCUCCAGUCCCUCGUCGGCGUUGACUCGACUCCACAACUGCCAUCGCCUCAACAUUGGCGCAGCUUUUUGCACGAUUUCGCGAAGAUAAUGCAGUUGGUGCCUUCAGUCCCCUUGACGAGCAAUGCCUCGUUCGGUGGCAUGCAAAAGAAUAAGGGAAAGAAGCCUAAUCCUUCAAAUCAACGUCAUGCACAAAAAGCAAAGGAGGCUCAAGGGUCCAUCUUCUCGAGUGCGGUGUCCAUUGGUGAUCGUCCAGGCACUGUUUACUGGGGUGACGUAGUGGCGAUGCAAGGAAAAACUGAUCAUCUCUCCCUUCUCAUGAUGGCACAGGUGAUCUGGAAUGCUUUCGAACAAAACCUUCGCUAUGAAGUAUGCCAUCUCGAUCACUAUCUUCUGCCCUCAGCGUGGGCCUCCGAUUCUUCUGCUGGUGUCCGUGAGAAUUUAAUACGCAGCAUUUUCCCAGAGGACAGUGAUGGAGUUUUAGUUGAUGGGGUUCCUCUCUUCAUGCAGGGUCUUGUGGCAGAAAAGUGGCAGGAUCGCUUGGCAUAUGUGGACGCCUUGCGGCGUUUGAUGACAGUGUGGCCAGGUGAUGGUGUGAGGAGAUUAAAGGCACACUACCUUUCCAAUUCAACCACACAGGCAGUGUUUGAAGAAACGGAACAAAUGGUGGCCAGUCUCUACUGCCAAACAUUCUUUGAUUGCUUUGGCCAUGCCCCAUGCACCCUACAUCAAAUUCCUGGAUUCACGGAAGGAUCAUCGUCAGGCUGA